AAAGAGGAGGUAUACCCUGUAUUAUUUCAUGAGCCAACAGGCACAGGUAUGGAUGUGAGCGGUCGAAAGGACUUAUAAGGACAUCUAUGGAGCUGUGCAGUCCCAACAUGAGUGAGAGUGGAGGCUCUCUUUGCCAGGUGAAGCAGCUUUCCUGCCACAGUGUCCCCCUUUGUCGCCUGCAGGCUGGUGGACACCACACGCGUAACCUCCCCCACCUGACCCACCAGCCGUGGGUCAACCACCCAGCCCCGGCCAUCGCCUCUGGCCCGGCCGCGGCCCUCCGUCACAGGGUCAAUGGAGCCAUGGCGGCAAGCUGCAGCAACCCGGAGUGUGUGGCCUCCAGACUGGGAGAGGAAGCAGCGCUGGCCAAAGACAUCUCCACGGUGAAGGUGGUGGUGACAGGAGGUGCGGGAUACUUUGGGUUCAGGCUGGGAAGAGAACUGGCCAGUCAGGGGAUGUCUGUGAUCCUCCUGGACAUGAACAAGCCUCCCUGUGAGAUCCCUGAUGGAGCGAUCUACUAUCAGAGUGACAUCAGGGACUAUUCUUCCCUCUAUAAGGUGUGUGAAGGGGUUGACUGUGUCUUCCACACAGCGUCUUACGGCAUGUCCGGCCCAGAACAGCUGAGGAAGGAGCAGGUGGAGUCAGUCAAUGUUGGAGGCACCAAUAAUGUCAUAAACGUGUGUAAGGAGAGGAGCGUACCCAGGCUGGUGUACACUAGUACCAUCAAUGUGGUAUUUGCUGGGAAACCAAUUGAGGAGGGUGAUGAGGCCUCAGUGCCAUACGUGCCCCCCGAAGUACACAUCGACCACUACUCCAGAACUAAAGCAAUUGCAGAGCAGAUGGUCCUCUCUGCCAACGGAUGCUCCCUGAAAGGUGGAGGCCUGUUUCGGACCUGUGUCCUGCGGCCCUGUGGCAUCUACGGACCAGAGGAGAGGAGACACCUCCACAGAGUAAUGAUGAAUGUGGAGCGUCGGUUGUUCAGUUUCAGGUUCGGUGACCCUCAGGCUAGGAUGAACUGGGUACAUGUAGACAACCUGGUGGUGGCCCAUACGCUGGCAGCCGAGGGGCUCACACUGCAGAGGAGCUGCGUCGCUAGUGGACAGGCCUAUUUUAUUAAUGAUGGGGUUUCUGUCAAUCUGUUCGAAUGGUUGACACCACUGUUUGAAAAGCUGGGCUACAGCCGACCAUUGAUAAACCUGCCUGUGUCACUCGUCUAUUCUGCAGCCAUCCUGGUGGAAUAUUUGCAUGUUGUUCUGAGACCUGUGAUGGAAGUGCCCCUCCUCUUUACCAGAAGUGAGGUGAGGAAUAUAGCUGUGAACCACACCUUCAAGAUUGAAAAGGCCUGUCGAGAACUGGGUUACUGUCCGAAGUCCUACAGCCUGGUGGACUCUGUGGAGCAGUACCUGAAUUCCAGACAGCCUCAGUCCAGCUCGUCUUUUCUCAGCCUCUGCUGGACGUCCCAGCUGCCUCAGCACCUGCUCCUGCUGCUGCUGAUGGGCGUCAGCCUGCUGCUAGUGAUGUUAUCCUGCAUACUUUGUCAGAACUAAAUGAAUGGAAAAAUAAGCUGUUUUAAAUUUGUUAGAAAACUCAAUGUUUGAUGGCGUAUUCCCAACACAUCUGACUUGUUAUUGAAACCAAUAAAAUGAAACACGAAACCAAUAAAAUAUGCGCUAAAAAUAUGUCUUCAGAAUGUCAUGUUAUGUUAUGAUUUUUUUUUUGUUUUAUCUUUGUUGAUGUUGGUAUAUGUGUGUCUGAUUUCCAAAUGAUGAA